GUGCUGGGGCGCGCGAGCUCCGUGCAGCAAUAGCGAUAGCGGGCGCGCGAGCUCCGUGCAGCAACAGCGAUAGCGGGCGCGCGCGCUGCCAUUCCAACACAGUCGUACCCGGUGGCGCACGCGGAGACAACCUCUAAAUAUUAACCAUUAAAACUCCGCCCACCUACUCUCCACAAAAAGGUGCUCUCGGACCGUGUCUCCAAACACACCGCCGACUGCUCCGGUACGAGACCGUCGGCCGGUAAAGUGCAGUCGUUAACGCCACGUCGACUAAAACAAACAAACUGAAGCGUAAACAGUUGUUUCUCCUUCUCAGUCGGUCUAACCGGAGUCCUAACGCCGUGAACUAUGCUGGACCCGUCCUCCAGCGAAGACACCGGCGGCGAAUCCGACCCAGAAGUUGUCCAGGAGGCUCCUCCGACACCUGCCGCGUCCGCGGUGAGGAAACGCGGGGAUAACAACCGGGCGGGCAGCAAGGAGCGACAAUCUGCCGCACCUGGAGGCUCCUCCGGAAAAGGUGCAAAAGACAGCGCUGCUACAGGUGAAGAUGAGGAGAAGAAGGAACGGGAGCGGAUCCAGAAGGAGGAAGAGGAGAGGAAAACGAAGCUACAGAUCUACGUGUUCGUCCUGCGGUGCAUCUCCUACCCGUUCAACGCCAAGCAGCCCACAGACAUGGCCCGGCGGCAGCAGAAGGUGAACAAGCAGCAGCUGCAGGCAGUGAAGGAGCGUUUUCUGGCCUUCCUCAACGGGGAAACUCCGAUUGUGGCAGAUGAAGCUUUCUGCAAUGCUGUGAGGAGCUACUAUGAGGGCUUCCUGAAGAGUGAGCGUGUUACCCGGAUGGUUCAGAGUGGCGGCUGCUCCGCCAACGACUUCCGUGAGGUUUUCAAGAAGAACAUCGAACGCCGUGUUCGCAGCCUCCCAGAGAUCAACGGCCUGAGUAAAGAGACCGUGCUGAGUUCCUGGAUCGCCAAAUAUGAUGCCAUCUACAGAGGGGAGGAGGACAUGCGGCGUCAGCCACAGCGGGCGCACCUGAGCGCCGUGUCAGAGCUCAUCCUCAGCAAGGAGCAGCUGUUUGAGAUGUUCCAGCAGAUCCUUGGCAUCCGCAAGUUCGAGCACCAGCUGCUGUAUAACGCCUGCCAGCUGGAUAAUGUGGACGAGCAGGCAGCUCAGAUCCGCAGGGAGCUGGAUGGCAGGUUGCAACUGGCUGACAAGAUUGUGAGGGAGAAGAGAUGCCCAAAGUUCAUCUCUCCUGACAUGGAUGCUCUGUAUGUGGAGGAGCUGCGUUCGUCAGUCAACCUGCUGAUGGCAAACCUGGAGAGUCUGCCAGUGUCCAGGGGAGGUCCGGACUUCAAGCAGAAGCUCAAACGCUCCUCCAUGAACAACUCUUUCCUGGACAUGGGAGACGAGGGAGACAUUCUGUCCAAGUCGGACGUCGUGCUGUCCUUCACCUUGGAGAUCAUCAUCGUGGAGGUUCAGGGACUGAAGUCUGUAGCUCCAAACCGGAUUGUGUACUGCACCAUGGAGGUGGAGGGAGGAGAGAAGCUGCAGACAGACCAAGCUGAAGCCUCCAGACCACAAUGGGGGACUCAGGGGGACUUCACUACGACUCACCCUCUGCCCUCGGUCAAAGUGAAGCUGUUCACAGAGAGCACCGGGGUCCUGGCUCUGGAGGACAAGGAGCUGGGCCGGGUGGUCCUCAAUCCAACCACAAAUGGGCCAAAACAGGCUGAGUUCCACCGGAUGGUCGUCCCCAAGAACAGUCAGGACACGGAGCUGAAGAUCAAGCUGGUUGUCCGCAUGGACAAGCCCCCCAACAUGAAGCACAGCGGGUACCUGUAUGCUCUGGGGCAGCGGGUCUGGAAACGCUGGAAGAGACGAUAUUUCGUUCUCGUUCAGGUGAGUCAGUACACAUUCGCCAUGUGCAGCUUCAGAGAGAAGAAGGCCGAGCCCCAGGAGCUGAUGCAGCUGGAAGGCUACACGGUGGAUUACUGUAACCCUCAGCCAGGCCUGCAGGGCGGCCGAGUGUUUUUCAACGCGGUGAAGGAGGGCGACCUGGUCAUGUUUGCCUGUGACGACGAGCAGGAUCGGGCACUGUGGGUUCAGGCUAUGUACCGAGCCACUGGGCAGUCCUACAAGCCAGUCCCGCCACUGCAGAACAAAACCACAAACUGCAGAGGAGGCAACCAGAAACCAACAUCUCCAAUCAGUCUGGACCCGUCUCAGCAUCAGGGGGUAGAGGAGCUGAUCUCUGCAGCUCCGUGCCGCUUCGACCACGCUGCCCUGUUCACCGUUUUACAGAAACACACUCUGCAGCACCGCAUGAACGACUCCUUCUCCUGCCUGGGCUGGUUCAGUCCAGGUCAGGUGUUUGUCCUGGACGAGUACUGUGCUCGGUACGGUGUUCGAGGCUGCCACCGACACCUGAGCUACCUGAAGGAUCUGAUGGAUUAUUCUGAGAACAACGCGCUGGUUGACCCCACGCUGCUGCACUACAGCUACGCCUUCUGCGCCUCCCACGUCCAUGGAAACAGGCCUGAUGGAAUGGGAACAGUCACUGUGGAGGAGAAGGAGCAGUUUGAGGCCGUCAGGAGUCGCCUCAUGGUUCUCCUGGAGGACCAGAUCACACACUUCAGGUACUGCUUUCCCUUUGGAAGACCAGAAGGUGCCCUGAAGGCCAUGCUGUCCCUGCAGGAACGGGUUUUGAUGAAGGACAUUACCACGCCCGUCCCUCCCGAGGACAUGAAGAAACUGGUGCAGAGGUGUCUGGAAAAAGCAGCUCGGAUCAACUACAGUCAGCUGAUCGAGUACGCUCAGAUCAAGGCUGAUCCUCAGGCAGCUCCAGAGAAAGGGCUGGAGGACAUGAUACGACUGGGCGAGCUCUGCAUCGAAGUCCUGCAGCAGAACGACGAACAUCACUCCGAGGCUUUCUCGUGGUGGCCGGAGCUGAUGGCCGAACACGCCGAGACGUUUCUGUCUCUGUACAGAGCCGACAUGGACGCCGCUCUGCAGGUGCAGCCUGUCGACUCCUGGGACAGCUUCCCGCUGUUCCAGCUCCUGAACAACUUCCUGCGAACAGACCCCCACCUGUGCAACGGGACAUUCCACAAACACCUGCAGGAGCUGUUCGUCCCUCUGGUGGUGCGCUACAUUGACCUGAUGGAGUCAUCCAUCGCCCAGUCCAUCCACCGUGGCUUUGAACAGGAGACCUGGCAGUCCGUCAAUAACGGCUCAGCCACUUCGGAGGAUUUGUUUUGGAAGCUGGACGCUCUGCAGAUGUUUGUAAUGGACCUUCACUGGCCGGAGCCUGAAUUUGCCAAACAUCUGGAGCAGAGACUCAAACUGAUGGCCAGCGACAUGAUGGAGGCCUGCGUCAAGAGAACAAAAUCUGCAUUUGAUGCCAAAAUGCAGAAAGCGAGUAAGUCAACAGACUUCCGGGUGCCGCUGUCGGUCUGCACAAUGUUCAAUGUGCUGAUGGACGCCAAGAACCAGUGCUCCAAACUCUGCGUCCUGGACACCGGUCAGGAAAUUGACAAACAAUGGCCUUUUUGUAUUUUUCUGAAAAUAAUAAAUUACAAAGAAAUGAUUUCCUCACUUGUCUCGAAGUUUGCCGGUGUUUUAGACGGCGUCCUCUCCAAGCUCUCGAGAUACGAUGAAGGGACAUUCUUCUCUUCAAUCCUCUCUUUCACAGUGAAAGCAGCUGCCAAAUAUGUGGAAGCCCCUAAACCGGGGAUGGAUCUGGCCGACACCUACAUCACCUUUGUACGGCAGAACCAGGACAUCCUCCGAGACCGCGUCAACAAUGAACUCUACAUCGAGAAGGUGUUUGAUCAAUGGUAUACUGGCUCCAUGAAGGCGGUGUGUAUUUGGCUGACAGACCGACUGGACCUGCAGCUUCACACGUACCAGCUGAAAACGCUCAUCAAGAUUGUGAAGAAGACCUACCGUGACUUCAGGCUGCAGGGCGUCCUGGAUGGCACACUGAACAACAAGAGCUACGAGACCAUCUACAAUCGACUGACGGUGGAGGAAGCCACGGCAGCUGUUAAAGCGGGUGAUGGCCUUCAGGGCAUCAGCAUGAGAGACAGCGAUGAGGACGACAACUAAACACGCACAUUCUGAUUAUCAUCCUUUCUAACAGAUCAGGACCCUGUGUUGCAGUUAAUAUGUCCUCCACUCCGCAUGAACAACUACAACUGAAAUUAAAGUGGAAACUACAGUCACUAAAUCUAAUUUAACAACAAGAUUGCUGAAAAUGAACAGGAAUAGGUUGCUGCUGGGCAAAUAGCUGUGCUUUAUUCAACGACAGGACAAAUUAUGUUGGAUAGCGCGACAUGCUGUGGAUGCGUUUUCUCCACUGAUCUGCACUCCACUCCGUAUUCCUAAAGGAAAUUAAAACUGAAUAAAAUUGCAGUAAAAAUCAACAAACACUGUAAAAUAACACUGGGAAACAUAAACCAAGUAAAACCAUUGCUCGUUAUUAUAACUGCAGAAAAAGGGUAUGCUAAUGUUAGCAGGUACGCCAUGUUGUGUACAUCAUGUUGCUCAAUGAAAACUAAAACUGAAUAAAUCUACAGCUAAAGGCAACAAACAUUGUGAAACACUGGGAUGAAGCAAAACCACCAUUUUGUAUAAUUAGCAGCAGGGAAACUUUAUGCUAAUACUGCACAGCAAAUCAAGAACAUUAAGCUCACUCAUUGUCUACAGAUUUUCUUCACUCUCACAGUAAAAUAUAAAUUAAAACAAAAAUGAAACUACACUCCAAUAGGAUAAUUUAAUAGUAUGAGUGGAGACAAUAGACAGAAAUUGGUGCACAGCUGAGGAAAAUAACCAGGCCAGUGUUCAGUAACAGGACAGGCUAUGUUAACACUAGCUAGCAAACAGUGCUGUUGCAUUUUCUUUACUGAACUCUGCUUCAGUGAGUGGUAGGCAGUAAACACUACCAAAGCUACAGUCAACAUAUUUUAUAAGACUGAAGAAACAAACAAAAAUCUGGAUGCCAGACAAAAUGGUCACACUGUUCUCAACAGCAAGUCGCUAAUGUUAGGUAGUGUCACAUUUUCUACUUGAGUGUACUUUACUCCAGCUCAAGAAUGACCAUUUUCAACUUCAAUAAACGUAGUGAAAAUUGAAGUUGUGACUGUCAUUACACCCCUCCUAUGUAUUUAGUGCUACCUAAACUUUGAGUUCUGCUUAAUAGCUAAAAUUAUAUUGCCAACUAAGAGGGAACAUCCAUCAUGACCACGUUAGGUCGUGAAUAAAUUCGUAAUGACAUUUUUGACACUUGUUACAGUAAUAGUUAAUCAGAAAUAUCAUAUAGUCCGACAGUUGCAUAGCUUCCUUGGCCAGCCAUGACGGUAACUGCAAGAUACAAGAUAAUCUUCGCCGAGUAAAGAAUAAAGUUGUCAUUGUUUUAGAUUUUCAAGUAAUAUAAAAAGAUCUAAACCAACAAGGUGUUAGUUUGUCUCAGUAUUUUUGAACGUCCAUGCCUUCUGUGAUUUAUGUCGCAGGUGAACAUGCGAAACCUUUUCAGGCUCUUGAACCACUUCCUCUACAAACCAAAAGUACUGAAGCCUAAAUCUGACAUCUACCUAGCUUCCAUUUUUAGGACUAAACCUGAUCAAACCCUGACUGUAGAUGCACAUGUGCACUAGAGGUCAGAUUUUUUUUGUUGUUGUUGUUGUCAUGACUGCUGGUCCUUAUCAGGUGAGGAGGGAACACUCAGGCAGUGACACACCUUCCUUUUAUCCAGACAGUCACCUGCUCAUCACCAGACACUGCGACACAAGCGUGUUGAACCGUACACAUACUGUACAUGAGACAGAAUGUACGACAAA